AUGUAUACCGGUGUCGUGUUUGUAUGUCUGUUUGUGUCUGUUAUUGGGACUCGAGUUAUCAUUGUGGAAAAUGCGCCAACGUGUUUCCGGCGAGUCCUGGCUGGGCGGCGCGCCCUUCGUAGCAACGUGAGGCGGGUGGUGGAUUGCGAAAGACUGGAGGACUGCAUGAGGGAGUGUGCCAUCGAGAAACGGUUUCAUUGCGAGAGUUUUAACUACAGAUUGGACCCCAGCUUCCGCGGAAAAGGCCUCUGCGAAUUAAUGACAAAACCCAUAGAAGCUUUCGACUUGCACCGCGACUUUGUUGACGACAAAAAUUACGAUUUCUACGAACUGGACAGAAACAGCCUCGAACCAAAUUGUCCAGAAACUUUACAUGGACCAGGCCUUUUGCAUUCUGGUUUUUUAUCGUCCAAACAAAAGGGACAGGAAAGGGUGGACUGGUAUGAUGCUGGCUACAGAGGUGUGAGUAGACAUGAUGAGAGACGAAAGUAUACACAGCAUAAAAGAUAUGAGGACGAGUUUUUUGUGCCCUAUCAGAUAGGUGUGGUAAAAGGUGACGAUCGUGAAAAUUGGGGCCAGUACGGUGGAUACUACGGGAACUAUGACUCCUAUUACAAAAACAGGAACGAUUUCCACAAAUCAUAUAACCACUGGCGAUUAUCGGAUCUCGAUAGACAAUACGGCGAGAAACACAAGGACUUUGACUACAACACUCUAGGAAAGCACACCACAGAUCACACGUAUGGUGAUAUUCCGGUUUACCCAAUAGACAAUAAAUUUACAAGUAGUAAGUUUGGACAGUCAGAUGUAGUACAUUACACUGGAAAAAAGUUUUCGGAUUUUGAUUACACAAGUGAACAUAAGGAUUUUGAGUUUGAUCAUAGUAAAACUGCGGAUUUUAAUCAUAAUAUAGAGAAGCAGUCGGAUUUUGAUCAUCAUAUAGGUAAAGAGUACUGGGAUUAUUUGUCGUGGAAGAGAGGGAGAUGGAAUACGUCAGAAGGUUGGAGCAAUUUGGAUGAUGAUAGGGAAAGUGUGGGUUGGGAAGGGAGGAGUGAGGAUACGGUGAAGGACUGCUCCUCUCGUCGUCGUCCUGGAAUGUCUCUGGGAUCCGGCGCAGUCCGUCGCUCCCUUUUCGCCAGGACUGUGUUAGAUUGUGAAUCCGCUUGCUUUGGUGAACAGGAAUUUAAAUGUGUCUCAUAUAGUUAUAGGUACUCAAGUACACCUGGUUCAGACAACUGUUACCUCAGCGAGCGUCCCUACAAAGGGCUGGAUAUGUCAGCAGAUGUUGACUCUGACGUGUACGCCAUGCCGCAGCAUCAGGGAUGCCACACAGUCAGCACUAAACCUUGGGUUGAGAGCGAAUGUUUCUGGCACGUCCGUUCUGGCUCCGCCGUGUCUGGAACAGCGGUGAAGGCGGCUCUGACCGUGACGGGUUUGGGAGCCUGUGAAGCUGAAUGCAUCAGAGCUCAUAAGUUCUUUUGUAGAGGAUUUAGUUUCAGGUUUGAACCUCCCAUCGGUGAUGACAUAGAAAACUGUAUUCUGACCUCAUCACCUCCAACGUCACUAGAAACGGGGAGGGGACUUCGCCCUUCUAUCGGACAUGAGCUCUACUCGAGAGGAAACUACGGGCGUGGUUGCGAACCAGCCUUGUAUGAUGAUGUACAGCAUAGAGAAACGCAGUGUUACCUUCAGUACGACAGUUCAGCUCGUCUCACACCUAACGCAGUCCGAGGCCAAGCACGAGUCGGCAGCGACAGAGCGUGCGGUGAAGCCUGCAACGACGCACCGUUUAGAUGCUUAAGUUUCUCUUUCACAAAUAACGGACCACCAGACACCGAUAACUGUCUGCUAUCUGAAAUCCGACUGUUCGAUCUGCAACGGGGCGUAGAUUAUGAGCACUCGGGCGAUGAUUUGUUGUUUGCAUUCGAUUUAUUCAAUGGACAGUGUUGGAGGAAAGUCUACGGAACGCAUGAGGUACCGACUAUUGAAAUACCGCAUCCACUGAUUCCUACGAUAGAAGAACACCAUCCUUACAAACCUGUGCCACAUGGACCAGACUACAUCACGGGCCCCAGUGGCCCCAGUGGUCCCAGCUAUCUAACCGGACCAGAUUCAAACCCGGAUUAUAAACCCAGUUAUUUACCUAUCAGUGGACCCAGCAUACCACUUGGCCCUAGUGGCAUUAGUGGGCCCAGUUCUACUGGACCUAUUGAACCACCGAGGCCCAUAUAUGAACCGUACAAACCGUACAAACCAGAACCGCACAUUCCUAAACCUUAUAAACCUAGUUAUUCUAACUCUAAACCCUAUUUCGAUAAACCGUAUACUGUCGAGAAACCAGUGAAGCCUGUGACACAGGGUAGUGAGUUAUCGUCAUGGCGUCAUUAUACCGUGUCCGGGUUCCCGUGCCGAGCAGGCACUACAUGCGCCCAAAACCUUAUAGCGGGACAUUGGGCCUGUGAGCCUGAAGGGGGAGAGAUUGGAUCUUGGGAUUAUUGUUGUGCGCCAACGCAUCGAUGUGGUUAUAGUGAAGGAUUUAGGAAGCCAUGGUGUUACGUGGGCCAAGAUGAAGACCAGUGGCGACCUUGCAGUGAGAAGUACUAUCCUUACCAUCAUCACAAUGUACCGCACCCAUCUUUAGGUCACAGAGAAGCCAUUCGUCCUCGACCUGAUAGACCAAUCAAUGAUCGUGAACCUGGGCCCUAUUUACCGGAAGGUGACCGGAAAUACUGGAACGAUUUGUACAAAAAUGGUCCUAAAGCGUACUACGAUAGAUAUGGAAAUCCUUUGCCCGGUUACACUCGCGUCCCAACAGAAAGCCGUCCACAUAUAAAGAUCGAAAGAAAUCCACCAAGAAGAGGCUCUGCUGCUGGACUUGGAGUACCAAGAUACUGGCCCGUUGCCUAUUUACACAAAAGUCCACCACCAAACACCACUUACUUUAGAUUUAAUGAAACCUCUACCACAACUGAACGACAAGUACAAACAACAAUUAAACCAGAGUUCCGACACAAGUCCAUUGAAAUCGAGAGUAGAUCGUUAGAAGACAGAACUGAAAAAAGUAUAGUUUCAAAGGAUGACGAUAUAAGUUUUGAAGUAGAAGUAUCUUCAACGACCUAUAAGCCGGAAACUUCAACAACAGAAACUAGUACAACAACAGAGGAAUCAAAAUUAAACAAUACAGAAACAAAAGCCGAUAUUUUCGAAGAUUAUGACUAUGUUAAGGGUCUAGAUGGGAAACUCGGCGAUUUUACAUCUAUAGAAGUUUUCAACAUUGAAGACGCAAAGACAGCGGAUAAAUCUGAUUUUAAGACUUUGGAAGCUGAGGAAAAGCAAAUUGAAGCCAUUGGACGCUUGUUAGCAUCGAAACGCGGUGGAAAACUGGUUCUGGAUUCAAAAGAUUUUGAACCAAAGAACAUAAGGGUCGAUAAAGAUUUUAUGGAAAUCAAAAAUCGAGUCCCAACUAGAAGGGGAGUUAUCCAAAGAGUUAGUAAGGAAGAAUUGAAUAAAGAAGUUUCUAGAGUUUUAAAUGAUGGCAGUCUGGAAGUGAGUGAGACUACAUUUGUGAGACCACCCCGAAUUCUAAGUACCACAGAGAAUAUAAGAAAAGCCAUGGUUAACGGUAAAGUGUUUUAUGAUGCAACUGUACGUGAACAGAGAGAUAACAGUAGAAGAGGAAAAAGUCUUCGUCUAGAAACAAAUAUAAAAAAAGACGUGAGAAGAAAUGUUAAUCCGAUUAGAAGAGUUAAGAGGGUAUAUAAAAAGAGAUAUAAUCCAGAAGAGGUAAGAAAGCGAUUGCUAGAAAGAGAGAAGAGUAAAAAUAACACUGAUAUUUAG